UUCGUACUUGUCUCUUGUCGAAUGUCGUAUUGUCGUGGCAUGUAUGAACGAAUUUUAGUUCAGUGAAAAUAUUAAGUGUCCAAUCAACCAUGUCGAAGAGCACGUUAGACGUUGUAGAAACCAAUUGAAAGUAGUACAAAAUGGUGUCGUUAUUAAAGAACCAAUUAUUGAAAUAUCUGUCGAGGUUUACCAAGAAUCUGUCGGUUGAUAAAAUAAAUUUAAGUACGUUUAAAGGGGAAGGUGAACUAACAAAUUUGGAGCUUGAUGAAACGGUUUUAACGGAUUUGUUAGAGUUGCCGUCCUGGCUCAGAUUAACCAAUGCUUGGUGUAAUAAAGUUUCCUUUCGUAUACAAUGGACCAAACUAAGAAGCGUUCCUAUUUUUUUGAGUUUGGAUGAAGUUCAUAUAGAAGUAGAAACGUGCGAAGACUUGAGAAACUUAUCUUCCAUGCAAGGACUGUCUUCGUGCGUAGGUCCUACAAAGUAUUCUUUUAUACACAAGGUGAUCGAUGGUAUAACGGUGUCUGUUAAUACCGUGUCGGUUACGUUUAAAAGUCCUGCGUUUAUCGCUUCUGUUCAGAUGAAUCAUAUCGUCGUCGAGUCAAAGUCUGCGUCGUGGCAACGUUGCGAUUUAAUAACGACCAGAUUGAAAGAUCCGGAUCGCGGACAGUUACUUAUUUUUAAAGAACUGGAGUGGCAAACGGUUAGAAUAGAGGCGCAAAGUACUAAAGACAAGAAUCUUACGCCGUUACGUUUGCUUACGAAUCGUGCGAGAUGCCGAAUCACUAUCAAGAAAAGAAUAUCAGAUUGUUUCGUUAUGGGGUCCAGACUGAUUCUUAUAUUGGACGACCUUCUAUGGGUUCUAACGGAUUCGCAGUUGAAGGCGGCGUUACAUUUUAUCGACUCGUUGGGUGGCCUCGUGGAAAAAGCUACGAUUCUAGAACGUAAAACUAAAGCUGCUAGAAAAUUAGAGGUAUUGCCAGAGUAUCAAGCACAAGUAUCUCAACAAUCGAGAAAAAAGAAUGAAUAUAAUACCGCUAUUUCAAAAAUAUUCAGCAGAUAUGAUGUCGUCGAAACGUCUUAUCAUUUCCUUUGUCAAAGAAUUGAUUUGCAUUUGUGCGACGAUCCCGGCAGUGGUAGGUCCUCCCAUCCUGACUUAAAAGACGGUGCUGCUCUGAAACUUUCGUUAAUCAGGUUUCAAAUUGAUUAUUAUCCGUAUCAUUUGGCGAUGUCUGAUCGGAAACAUUGGGCUAAAUACAGGGAGAACGCUACGCCUCACAGUCAGUGGUUGCAACAGUCGUUGAGUUCGUUUCGAAGUCAGUUUAUGGAUCUCAUCGAUUCUGGUAGAACGCAGCAUUCGCCUUUGACCAGAAGCCAGGGAAAUGUUACAGUUAGCAAUACGAAAGAGCUGGGAGAAAAUUUCGAGAAAGGUAAUCAAGCCCCAAAUGCGAGUGCAACCUCUCACGAACAAAAAAAAUCGCAACAGCCCAGUGGUAAUCCUGUAAAAAAUUAUAUUUUGGAACAUCUCGCUAAAUUGAUGACCACGUGUAUUAUAAUAAGAAUCGAUGACUUUACUUUGUUCAAAGUAACGACCACGUCUCGCAAUCCUAUACCGAAAGAGUUCGUUACAGCUCCGACAAGGAAAAAACAUGCAACAGGCGAAAGAGACAGGUUCUGCGUCCCGGAAGAUGUAACGAUUCUUCAUGCUGAAUUUACGUAUUACUAUUAUCCUGGUGAUAUUACGUUUCCAUUGCCGCCGCCAAAAUUUUACGUACAACUAAAUCCUAUUCAAGUAAACUUCGAUGUUUCUACCUGUUUAUGGUUUAAUUCUUUUCUACUAAACUUACAUCAGUCUUUGAUGAAUAAAGAUACGCAAACGACGCACGCUUCCACUAACUUUAUGUACUUUGAUGUGAAAAUUGAAGCCAUACUUCCAAGAAUAGUUUUUGAAAGUCAACAGGAUUAUCCGAAUCAAAAAGACAGGCCAAAAUCAUUGCAUAUUCAGACUGCGAGAGCAUCGAUAACGAAUGUUCGUUCGACGGAAAGAUCCUCGAGAGCAGAUUUAGCCCAAUGUUUGAACGCUUUUCAAAUGGGUCAGAUGUUUUUUGGUACGGAAUUUCCAAACAAACCAAACGAUUUUCACGUUGUAACGGACAAAUUCUUGGCGCAUUGUGCGGCCACCGAUAAUAUUCGCUACCCACCACCCAAUUUCACUAGUAAUUCCGUCAAUGAAUUAACUCGUCAAUUACAUCGAGAACUUUUAUGGAUGGAAGCUAAAGAUGUGUGGUGUUGUAAUUUGGAACCUGUUUGGGGAGAUUUCUUUGGUGCCCGCGCGGUCGGACAGAAUCGUCCUGUCCCGUUUCUUGAUGCAUUCCCUUUAACUUUAUGGUGUUACGUAUCGGCGAACCCAUCGGAUUCCGAAAAAUCUUCGAUCGCUGAUAUUCGUGCUCUUGCGUACGUAAGCAAUUUAGUUAGCGUGCAAAUAAAUCAUUAUCAAUAUUUGUUUUUAUUGAGAUUAUCGGAAGUUUUAUCAGAGAUGGCAACCUACCUGACCAUCGAUUCCAAUCAAAUAUUAAAAGUUGAUUCAGAUAAUUCGGUUGUUAUUGGCGCGCUAAUACCGCAACUAGAAGUGACUUUUGUCAUGCCAUCGCAUACUCCCGGUAAAGAAAAUUCUGGAGGAGAUUUAGAAUCGGUUAUGCCUGAUUCUUCUAGUAUAGUCGAUGAGAUUGUCAGUUCGUCUACCCCGUGGCAAAGUAACACGGAACGAGCUGAUUAUAGCGGCAAAAGAAUGAAUAUAACUAAUGACGUAGCGACGCCGCAAAGUGAAGUAUCGUCGAUGUUAUCGAUGGAUUUCGUACAUUCUGUUAAUCCGACUCAAACUGUUGUUACGUUUAAACAGAAUGGCGCUAAUAAACAGGAUCAGCAAAUGUUAGGAAACACGACCCGUGAGAAACAGUGCAUUGGCAUAGAAGAAGAAAGAGCAUUACCGACUGUGCGAUAUGCUCCCGAAUCUACGCAUAAACAUAGUAAAGGAGAUUCCUCCUCCUCCUCGACCUCCAAUACACCCUUCAUUCCGAAUAAUUUCAACGUCGGUUUUUCAUCUAUGAAAAAGGGUUUCAGUAAUUUAAUGACGUCGAUCGAUUCGGCUUUGAAGGCGUCUCCGGAAGAUGGUAGCAGCGAUACGGUAUCUAUAAGAAGCGACGUUAGUUCCGAUUGUGAGAAUUAUGUCUUGAUCAGUCUUCAAGAUCAAGAGAAAUUGGAUGCGAUGUUUGCUGUCGAUAAUACGAUUAGAAUAACAGCGGUAGAGGAGGCUAGUGAAGUAGUCGAAGAAACUCCUGAUACUCAAAGUGAGAAAUCCAUGGAUAGCGUGUGUAAACGAAAAGAUAUUGUAUCUAUGGUAACUUUUAAAUUGUCCAAAGUUGAAUUUAUCCAACAAUCUUCCGGAUAUGCGUCUACCAUUAAAGUCCAAGUUACAAAUGUUGCCAAUGAUGAAUGUUCCUCGAUUCCAUGGGAUGAAUUUCAGACAAAAUUCAGUGCACGAUCUAGAGGUUGGGUUGAAUUACCUUCCGAUUCGAACUGUAGAUCGUGCGUUAAGCUACGUUUGGAUCAUGAUUUAAAAUCAAAAUCAGAUUCGUAUAAACUGUCUCGAGCGAGCCAAACCACGAUUCACAAAAAAGUCCAUUCGUCCCAGUACCAAAGUAACAUUACCAACCAAGAAAUAGAUGCUUGCAAUAUCGAUGUGCACGAUAAAGAAAGCGUUUUGGAUUUGUUUCAAGAUAAAAUCGAUGUUAAGGCUACUAACGUAACGAUGGCUUUGUCGAUGAGUUCCAUAACUGGACUUACAGACUUGAUCGAAGAUGAAAUUAUACCCAAGCCGAUACCUAUACAGAUAUAUCUAGAGAGUAUAUCGUUGCAAUUGAACGAAGAUCGUCCUCCAAAUAAUAUAACUUCGCCAGGACCGAUUCCUAUAGAUCUGAAUAUUUCGAAGCUUAGAAUAGUGAGAGAUGAUAACGGUGUUUUCCAUAUUGAACCAGUCGCAAGUGUGUUGAGUAGGAGCGAUUCUCUUGAUACGCUAUCAAACAGUGAUAAUCAAACGGUCCAAAAUGUUCAUCGAGAAAUAGAAUUAAACAGUCUGAGGCAAUCCAGUCAACGAUUAAAGUCGGACAAUGAAGAACUUCGACGUCGUCUUGAUACUCUGGAAAAGUUAUCGCAAGAAAAUGCAAAAUUGAUGCGUAUCAAAGAAGAAUCUGAUACGAUAAAGUUACAUUUAAACGCAGCACGAGAAGAUAUACAGAUGCUUUUGCGGGAAAAGAAAGUUUUACAAGAAACGAUAACAGACCUUCAAAAUCAAGUAAUUGGAAGUGGUGGUACUCGUGCAUCUUGGUCGACUAAAAGAUAGCAUACCAGUUGUUUUGAUUGUUCAAAAUGUUGUAGUUCGAAUAAAUCAUAAUAAUAAUUAUGAUUAUGAUAAUUUAAAAGUAAUUUUCAUAAUAUUCAAAGUGAACAUUUAUAUUGGUAUGCCUCGGUUUUUCCAUUCGUUUCAAUUCAACGAUGGUUGGAGUUUAUUUUAAAUUUAUUAAAAGGCCUAUCGUAAUUUCUUAAAAGAAACCAUUUUUAUCGUUUGUUGUCGUUUCAUUUGGUUGGUACACGGUGAUCGAAAUGACGAGAUCGUUUUAAUUUUCUGGACCAAUUAGAAUAUUCUUUGCUUUGGAUAGUUCGAUACCAAGCCUGUACAAAUUUUAAUUAAUAAGUUAUUUCUUCACGAGUGUUCGAGAUUACUUUUAGCCUUUUUUUAAUGGAAUUCCACGUUUUUCGACAGGUACGAUAACGAAUGCGCAGCAAACGCCAGAAAAUAUUUCUUUUACGAUCAGAACUAAAGACACACAUGUAUACAUGAUGAAAACCGGUACAUAUUUAAGGCGCGUGGGCUGUCGUUAUUCGGAAGUAUUCAAAUUAUGAUACUUGUACAACUGAAAGAUAGGUAAUAUAGGUAAAUGUUUGAAAAUCUAUUCUUCCUUCGAGAAACGAAUACACCCACGUAUCGAAUACUCGUAAGUACAGCUUCACCGUUUUCCACGAUGCUACGAUAUCAAUCACGCAAAAUACCGACAAGUUUACAUUUUCGUUUCAUUGUGUCUUUCGUUCUGAUGGAAAAAUAUGUUCUCCUGUUUGCUAGAAACAUUCAGAAACGAUUUACGGAUAAUGUGUUGCGAUCAAUUUCCAGAAUAUUUUCGAACCAAACUAUCCUAGACGGAAAAGAUGUAUUAUGUGUAUCGGUUCCCUGAUGCCAGAAAUAAUAAGGGUAAUCAAGUUAUGUGACUCGCCCUGUCUAUUCACUACCAUGAGUGCGUUGCUGACUGGCAUUCAACUUGUUCACAAUUUAACAGUUGAGCAAGCAUCCAUUUCUCUAAGAUGCACUUGCAUCGAGUAUGAUGUUUCCUACUAUGAUCGAGUACAAGGCGAUAAGUAAUGGCAAUAUUAAUCGACGUUUAAUAUUUUCAUUGAGAAUCAGAAAUUAAUUCUACAAACACUAUCAAUAGCUAUGUAACUAUACUAUAAUUACUCGAUGGCGUAAUAUAUAUGUACAAAGAUAAUGUAUAUACAGUUGUUUAUCUAUAGGUACACGCAAUAAUUAAGGGUGUGAAAUUGAGUUUGAAGCUGUUUUACUUCAAGAUUUACAAGGAAAUUAUAGUGAUCGAAUGUAUUGUGAUUAUAAGACAAAGAGAGCAGCGGUCGAGCAACGGAGCCAGAAAUGUUCUUCGAAACCAAGUUCGUGUUGCAAUGGAUCGUGUUUAAAGAAAGAACAAUGUGUGCCAAGUUUUAAUCUUCUUUCUCGAUGCAGUAAGUAGUAUCGAGUAGAAUUUGAAAAUCACGUUUUACUGCAUUUUCUCCCAUUCUAUCGUUGCAUGGCAAAAUUUAGAAAAAAUCAAAGGCGUCUUUCUAUUACGAACCACAAAAAAAGAAUUCCAAAAAGUUGCAUAAACUUUUUCUCAAUCUUCACCUGAUAUAAAUUAAAUUCACCCUCUAAAUUAUUGUCCGCUUGUAGGUAAUCCAUCUGUAUGUACAUGUAUAUGUAUGUAUGUAUGUAUACGCGGGGUGUUUAAAAACCAUAAAACAAACCGAAAUAUGUAAAUUCCUUGUGCGAAAAUAAAUCCGAUCCAAGAUAUGCCCGAGUUUGAUGUAAAGGCAACGAGGGCGGCCGUCACCAUGCGCGAGGACACACGUCUCGAAGGACUGAAAGGAAAAGGAAAAAUACAUAUACAUAAGUACGUGUGUAUGUGUAUCCUGCGAAAUCCACGAACCACAGUAGAAAACCGAUCAUGUCCUUUUGCAUAAGGAAUUGACUUGUUUCGAUACUUAUUGUCGUUUUGAAACACCUUUUUCAUGUAUGUAGGGUGUGCAGGUAUCACGAAUUAAUUGCUUUGAUAUUGUCCGCCCCAAAUCGAUCCCGAGAUGUAUCGGGCUCCACCCGAACUCAUCGAUUACUUAACGGUUCGAAGCUUUGUUUCGGGACAUUCGCGCACCACUAAUAUGUAUGUAUAUGUAUAUUUGUUACAUAUAUGAAUAUGAAACGUACAUAAUGUAAGUAUAGAAUGCUAGUCAAGACACUGCAAUACAUCUUUAAUUUCAUAGUAGUGAUUGUUAUCUGGUAUAUGAACAAAGAAUUGAAUAUAAAUUUUUUACGGACGCUUCUGUUCUCUUUGUCUUGAAUGUUUUGACGAUUUUCGUAAAUAAAUUUUAACUGACAAUGAGCGAAAGAGUACAACAGUGUAUGAUGUUAUAAAUGUGAGAUGAUACCGAUAGAUACCGAAUGAUGUGUUGUUUGAACCUAUGAAUAGAUUGUCUAGUUUCAGAAUGAAAAUAUCAAAUUCUUUAUAUUUAUACGUAACAUUGCAAUGAUUGAUUUCAUUAUUUGAUAAACUAUAGAACAGUUAUAAAAAUGUCUACUAUCGUGUAUGUAUAUGUA